CUCGAAAAGUCAUUGCUCUUUAAAGAAGUAAAAAGGUAAAAAUGUGUUUUUUUAACAUGUGUAUGUAUUGAUAUGUAUGUCGUCGUCAUCAAAAGCAAAAGUAUUUUAACGGUGCAAAACAUGAGUUUAGGUUAGAACUGCAUGUGUCGGUAUUGAUAUUCUUUGUAAAUAUAUGUGUAAAAAUCUUUGAAAAAGAUGUUAACAACUGAUGAUUUUAUGUUGGAUGAAUAUAUAUUCAAAAGAUCUCCAGAAUCAUGCAGCGAUCAUUCUUAUUCCACAGAUUAUAUGGAUGUUACUUCAGACGAGGACUUCUUGACUCAGUUAUCAUCAGAUUUAGACAUUCCGCUUUUGUUAAACCAAGGUGAAGAUGAAUAUAGCAUGUUAAAUUCUUUGUUGUUUGACAAAAGCCCGGAUGAAAUCUUAUCAGAAACAGCUUCUCCUCCUUAUAUUAGAGAUGAAGACAUUACAAAUGAAAUUUCAGUACUUCACAAAAUAGAUUUUACGAAAUGUGGGCCGGAAUCUUAUCCUAAUCUUCAAUCUGAGGUUAAAAAUGAACCUUCUGAAGGCUCUAUUUCGCCUCGUUCAAGUAAAUCUGCUUCUCCAGUAUAUAACACUGAUAAAUAUAUUAAAGAGGAGAUAGUUUUAAAGUCCCCACCUGCUUCUCCAAUUAUAAUAAAUACUGUAAAUGAACUACCUAAUAAUAUAAUUUAUGCACAGCCAGUUAAAAUAUUACCUUCAACACAAAAUUUACCUCAAAAACAUGUACCUAUAGUACCAAAAACCCCUUACAAUUUACCAGUUAAUAAUAAAAAUAAGGUUGUUGUUUUGAACAGAGACCUGAACCCUGUUGUUACCCAAUCCCCCAAUGUUGUACUUGUUGAUAGUGUCAAUGUAACUACAGUACCUUCUAUUUCUGUGCCUAAUGUGCCAGUUACUAGUGUCUCUAGUUUUUCAAAGUCUGUGACUGUGCCUUCAGUAGUUAUAAAUACAAAGAGUGGGUUUACUUUAAAUGGCAGAAACAUUGAUCCUAAAAUUCUGAAGAGGCAACAAAGGAAGAUCAAAAAUAGAGAAUCUGCUAGUUUGUCUAGGAAAAAGAAGAAAGAUUAUGUUACUUCUUUGGAAGAACAAGUUAGGGAGUUGAGUAGUUUAAAUAAGAGAUUACAAGGUGAGAAUGCUCAGCUAAAAGAAAAACUAGCUCAUUAUGAAGCAAAUCCCAUCAACCAUAGUGGAAAUAAAUCUUUAAAACCCAGCAUAUUUUUGUGCAUAUGCUUGUUAGUCGUAGGCGUAAAUUUAAAUAUAGUUAGGAACCCUUUUAGUAUAAAGUCACAAGUAGAUAUUCAAUCAGUACCAAUAUUAAAUAGCCAUCAUGGUCGCGGUUUACUGUGGGCAGCAGAUGAUGGUGAUGUAAAAGAAAACAAAACAUCUGCUUUUUCUACAUUUUUCAUGUGUCCAGCCGCUAUUAAUCAAACAGAAAGCGCUAGAUUAGUAUUAGAACUAGAAAGGUGGAUAGGAAAACCUGCAAGUCCUUCAAAAAAUAUUAGCAUAGAUAGUAACAAAACUGAUAACAUAAAGAAAAUCCGUCCCAGGAAAAAGAAAUAUAGACUCGAAAAUUCUCUAACAUCAUAUAAAAGAUACAGAUACAGAGAUUCCCGAGAAGUGGAGUCAGCUCCCAACAAUGAACUGCAAGUGUUUUCGGGACCACCAGAACACAUGUACUCCGAAUUCUUUGAGGCAAUAAAUAGACAAGACGACACUUUUUAUGUCGUGUCCUUCACAGAUCAACAUAUGUUGCUGCCUGCUUUGCACCACAACAAAACGAUGAGACCGAAAAUGUCUCUAAUUAUGCCUUCUAUCAUGCCAAAUGAAACACUUUCGAAAACAUCUCUAAUCUCCCUUAUGAAGAUCGAUUGCGAAGUAUUAGACACGACCUUGAUUCACGUCAAGCAUGGCUCGAUACCUCAACAUUUCAGGAUGUACAGUAAUGACACAAAGAAAGAACCUUCAGAAUCGGAGGUGGGUGAAAACGCCACGAAACCGAAUUACUACAAGAAUAAUUAUAAGCCCUACUUCAUGAAACCGCACGAUAGGUUUUUUAAAUUAAAUUGAAAUUCCAUUUAUAUUGGAUUUAAGUUGGAAAUUUAACUAUUGGUUGCCGCAAUGGUACAAUAAUUAUAUUUUAUUUGGUCCUGCUCUUCGAUCAUAUAAACACUAGAUAUCGUGUACUAUACCAAAUGUUUUGUCCCAUCUUAAGCAUAGGCGGGUAAAAUAGGGUCGAAAAACAUUUUAUUAAUGAAAAUUGUUGAAUAAAAAUUAAACGUUGCAUGUAUGUAAACUUUAACAUGUAAAAAUAACAAAGACAACAAAUGCAUUACUAGUAUAUAAAAAAAAUUGUAUACUGCAAUCAGAAUCGUUUUAAAUUGGUAUAGGACGGCAAUAAUCGUAUGCACUAUGUAGAAUAUAUAACCAGGUUGAAGGUGAUUAAUUUUAUUAUGAUGCAAGUUUAUAAUUCGGCAUUUAAAGCAGGAGGUAUAUUAAUAGAAAGACGCGUAGCAUAACAACAACAAACAAAUGGCACAUCAAUCUUUAUAGAUGAAGGCAGUGAGUGGUAAUCUUAAAAAAAACAUCAUCUAUGUGCUAUUCAAUUUUUAUUUGGAAAUUUGUCAUUUUACUUUGUAUAUUAAUUUUUUUAGAGGUUUUGUGCUAUGACAUUUUAUAUAAAUUAAGCAAUGUUGUCAAAUUAUCUGAUGCGAAAAAAUCUUGAUCCAUUAUAAUCAUAAAUGUCAUUAGAUUGAUUACAAAAAUCAUCUUACUGAUAAGUAAAUCUUUUUACCUCUGUUUUAAUUUUUGACGAUUACUCUGAAUCUGAUUCAUGUAGUUACCCAUCGAAGAAGCUGGGUUCUAUUCUGAUAGAUCCAAGUUUCAUUGAGGUACCCAAAUGUUACAGUUUGUUUUUAAAUUUGCAACAAACUGCUAAAAAAUGUAAUUGUAGCUGCUCUAAUGUUUUUCUUCGCAGGUUCAUCCUCUGUUUUAUAUUUAUACUCCAUAUGUUUAAUAAUUGUAUGUAAAAUUCGACUGGCUUUAAGUAUUCAUUUUUAGAAUGCAUAUGCGUUUUCUUAAUUCUCAAAAUGUAUUAAGAAAAUAAAUCCUUUCGAUUGUGGUUAAGGUUUCGCAUUUCUAUUCCUCCUUUACGAAUUAUACAUUUGUGAAAUGGUUAACUUAUGAUUCCUUUUUAUCUUGUUUGAUAUUCUAAGGGUGUGUACAUGCCUAAGAUGCCUUGAUGACCGAUGAUUAAUGAUAGAUUAUUGGUGUACAAGCCGAAGAUAUCUUCCUCUAUAAGUGAUGAUAGAUGCUUCAAGCAGUGUUGCCAGGUGUGCGAUAAUGAUCGUUUUAUACGAUAAUUUUAGUGUUCUAUACAAUGUACGAUAAAACCAAAAUGUACGAUAAUUUCACCAUAUGACUCAAACGUUCUCUUUCAAAACAACUCUGUAAAAUUGUAUGCUUCACAAAAUACAUUAAUCUUUUUGCUCCAUAACCACAACUACUAAAUUGAAUGGAAACCGAAAUCGGUCGCAAGUAUAUCAAUAAAGAGAGGCAUCAGAAAGUGAGCGAGAAAGGCAACAUUGGGGGAGGAGCUUAGAGUGACCCUUCUUGUCUUUGUUUAUGUUCAGUGCCUCGAUUAUUUUCGAAAUCAAUUAACGCCAACGUAGUUCAGCUUGUUUAUAUACGUCAUCUCAGCGAUGUAAAGAAAUAUAAUGCAUUGGAAUACUGUAGUCCGAUACAGAGUUAAUGUCAUAAUAUUCUUAAUACUAUAUUUGUGUUAUACUAUUGUCAAAAACAUCGAAAUGAGCGACUCCUUUUUUCAAUUGUAUUGAGACAUAAUAUAUUGAUUUUUUUGUAGCAUCUUCAAAUAGAAGCAGAUUUUUUCUACCAUUUGGGAUGUCCCUUUAUUAUAAUUGACUUAUUCAUUUUUAUUUUACUCGAUAUUAAAGAUAUCCGUACCUAAAAAAUAUCUUCAAUAUCUUAUGACAUAUCUGGUAGACUUUUCGCAUUUUAAAUUUAAAACUGAUUCUUAAUUAUAAAUACACAAAAAAAUGCAGAAGAAUGAGAUUUCAGCAUAAUUUAAUUUUAUGCUUUCUUGGUGGUGAUUUGUUUGGCCUUGCGUCUUCUUUUUUCUGGCUUUUCUUUCAUAACCCAACAGUUACCCAUUUUUUGAUUAGUUAAAAUUUUGAAUAUGUAUGAAAUUCACCAAUAAGUUAUUUCUUUUUAAAAGUAAAAAUGUUUCUUUCUGUUCCACUACUUGGUGUAACAAUUUGUGCAUUUUUUUUAUAUUUGCUAAAACAACUACUAUGUAUCACUAAUCACAUUUUUUGAUUAAUCUUCGUCAUUAACGUUAUAAGUCAAAAGACAUUUUUAUUUUUACUGGUAUUUAUUCUUCAAUGACAUGAAACAGAUGCAAACGACUUUAACGUGAAACAAGUUUAGACUUGUAGAGCAAUCAUUUGUUGAUAACACCAUGAUUAUUAACUUAAACAUAGUGAAGUAAAUAAGCUAUUUUUAUGAAUAAACAUUUAAGAGUCAACGUUCGGCUAUAGAAGUAAACUCUUAUAAGUAAAAAUACUCUUUUAUUCAUACACGGAAGUAUAAACGCUUAUAAGGAUUUUUCAUGUUUUUAUUCAUCUGACCCAUUGUCUCUCCUACGUAUAUUAAUACUGAUCUUAUGGCUGUUCAUCUUCUUACUCUUCAUUAUGUCCUUUUUUGCGUGCUUGGAUUUUUUCCUAUAUUUUUAUAUUCGUGCCGUGUAGCUGCAACACUUCAUGUAUUAAGAAUUCACUUUACAUUAGGUUUAAAAUAAAAGAAUUCACUUUUAAAAUGGUCUGAAAAGAUACAUCAGUAGAUAUUUUAAACGGUUUCAAUGCUGAACACCAUUUUUAUCUCCAAUCUGUUUGUAAAUCAAAAACCUUUUGAUUUUAUUUGUUAUUUACCAAAAGUGGUUACAAGAAUAACUAUAAUUUAACGUUAAUUAUAAAGCAUUUUUUUCUGUUUGUUGUGUUGCUUCACAACUCUUAUAGUUGUGCUGUAUCCGCACUCAAAACAGAUCGAAACUUCAAAUGCCAAACCAAUAAAAAACGAGCCGAUUUACAAUCUUCCAAUCGAAUCAAAUCAUAGAUUGGACUAUUCCAAUUUCAUGUUGCGGACCAAAAAUAGGCAGAAU